CAAUAACAACAAGCGUGUUUACUAACCUCGUUAACAAUAUUCGACAAUUAAUUCAAUAAGACUAAUCAAUUAAUCAUAAAUCAGGUUUAAUUAUCUAGCUCAUCAAAAUGAAAUUCCGAUUUCUUGGUGAUGGCGACUGUCCAGAUUGGUUACUGGCACAAAUAAUAACUAUGUCACGUAUGACUUCAAUAAAAAUGAAAUUAUUGGGUCAGCUGGUUAUUAAAUCAAUUCUCAAUAAUGGUGAAAUUGAUGAAGAUAAAAUAAAGAAGCUUACUCAAGAUGCUAAAUUAGAUUGGGACGAUGCAAUAUCGAUUGUAUCGGCAUUGGAAAUGAUAAUGACGUCAUCAUCACGUUAUGAAGUAAAUGCAGAUGAUUUGAGCAGUGAAUUACAACAAUUAGGGUUGCCUAAAGAGCACAGUAUUGUGAUUGGGCGUCUACAUACUGACAAUUACAGCCAAAUUCACGAUCAUCUUCUAUCGCAAUCUUUGCGCCUUAAUGCUUUGUCAUCAAUAGAAGUUGAAACUAAAAAAGAUGACAUUGAAAAUUCAAUAAUUGUAACAAUGGGAUUAAAAAUAAAAAAAAUUGACGGUAGUGAUGAAAAAGUAACCGUCAACAUACCGAAAGAAAAAUUGACCAUUUUAAUCGAGGAGAUGAAAAAAGUACGAGGUAUGAUGGAGGAUAUAUGUAGUAUAAAAACAAUGUAAUCAUGAAUUUAAUAAAUAUUUAGAAAUAGAACAUA